AUGUACGGAGGAGGCGACACUGCGAGCGAUGAGAAGGAAACCAAUACUUCGCUACGUCGCGUUUUGAAGACCAUCGCCGAUGAAUAUGAUCACGACCUCACCAUUAUCGGUCUCCAUGGCGACUAUCGCGUCAACCGUAUCCUCGAGAAGCAGGAGCUAAGCCAUACUACGUCCGCUCCUUCGAAAAAAUGCAUCAUUCCGAAAGACCCUACGGCUGUAGAAGUCCACGUUGAGGUCCUGAAAAUAGGCAUUGCGUGGGACAUAGUUUACCUCAAACAACUGGCCGCCCAAGGACUGUACAACGCUCUUUCAAGCAAGGGUCUUACCUUUGCCGAGUUCGAGAGGCUGUGCAUCCAUACGAAGAUCUUCACGGCAGUUACCUGUGGAGUACCUGCUAUCUGCAGCGACGUACAUGUCCGGCGUGCGUUAUCAGAGCUAGGUACAUAUGCCGCCACACAGCACGACAUCUGGAUCACCAACCAUCAUCGAGAGUACUUUCAUCUUUACACGAAGGCACCCUAUCUUGUCUGGUACCACGACGGCGCAAUGAAGGAAAUCCCAGGAAAACUGCAAGCCUGUCAGCUCAAAAACAAGAAGCCUCGAUUUGACGACGAGGAUACGUAA